CUCCGACUUCAUUUUGGGAGCUUGAAAAGGAUUCCUGUUCCUGCACUUCUCUCCCCACUGACGCCAAACACAACAACCAACCAACCAAGCAUGACGCCCAUCUGAUGAUGUGAUGAGCGACGAUGUCAAGAUGGCUGAAGGUGCCGCGGCAGAUCAGGGGAGGGAGGCUCUCCUGACGCCUGAGCAUCACGCUGGUGAGGCUGAUCAUCCGCUGCUGACGCCGGAGCAUGAGAGGCAAGAGCAUGAGCAAGAGCAGCAGCAACAGCAGCGGAACAGCAGCCCCAGUCAGCAGGCACAAGAACCGCCAGCAAAGCGGCUGAGAAUCGCACCUGAUGAGGUACAGUUCCCACGACUGGCUGUCUUACUCGGCUCUGUCUGCAACACAUCAACACAUACAUAUGUGUGUGUGUGUGCAGAUAGACAAUGACCAGGAUGACAUCUUGCCACCAUCGCAGCCCUCGCCCUCCCCUCCCACUGUUCCUCCCCAGCUGUCCCCGCCGCCACCCUCGGUCCCCCGUCGUGUGCAUGACCCGUUGGUGCAUGGCUGCCGCAGCGUCAACAUCUUCAAGAAGCUCAACAAAAUCGACGAGGGCACCUAUGGGGUCGUCUUCAGGGCACAAAACACAGAAACCGGUGAAAUCGUGGUCAGCCGAGUCACAGCACACACAUCGAUGGUGAACACGUGCAGCCAUUCGUUCAGGGUGCGCUGAUAUUAUGGUGUGUGGUGUGGCAUGUGUGUGUGGACAUCAAUCAGGCGUUGAAGCAGAUCAAGUAUCACGAGAAGCAGGAGAAGGAGGGCUUCCCCAUCACCAGCCUUCGGGAGAUCAGCAUCCUCCUCAACAUGCAACACGAAAACAUCGUUGAUGUCAAAGAGGUAAUAUAGCGGAAAAGUCAGAGAAAGUGACAAGCCAUGCUGUGCCUUCCUUGCUUGCCUGUAUGUAUGUGUGUAUGUGUGUAUGUGUGUAUGUGUGUGUCUGUCCACCCCAACUAACCACAGGUUGUGGUUGGCAAGAGCCCCACCCACAUCUUCAUGGUCAGCCAGCCACAACCGUACCAACCGUACCUGUCCGUCGUUUGUCUGUGGAUGUGAUGUGAUGUGCGUCUUCUUCCACCAUACAAUCAAUGAAUGCAUUUUGCAGGUGAUGGAGUACAUGGAGCACGAGCUCAAGGCCCUUCUGGAGGACAUGAAGAACUCAUUCUCGGUCGCAGAAGUCAAAGCCCUGCUCCUACAGGUAUGCAGCUGGCUGAACAGCCCGGCCAGGAAAGUGCUGUUCAUUGCCGCUGGGGGAUGAUGUGUCUGGUAUUUCAGUUGCUCCGUGCGGUGGCGUACAUGCAUCACCAUUGGAUACUCCACCGCGACCUCAAAACAAGCAACCUACUGUUCAACAACCAGGGCGUCCUCAAGGUAGGCGACCUCCAACUAUCACACACACACACACACACACACACACAUGUGGAUGCCGUUGGUUCCUUGGUUGCUGCAGGUGUGUGACUUUGGCCUUGCCCGCAAGUAUGGCGCGCCCAUUCGUGUCUACACGCAUCAUGUGAGCAGCAACCAAACAGGCCAGACAGACAGACAGACAGACGGGAAAAGUGGGCGUGUAUCGAUGAGUGAGUCUGUUUUUCUGUGUGCUACGGUCCCUCUGCAGGUGGUGACUCUGUGGUACCGUGCCCCCGAGCUGCUGUUGGGCGAGAGGCAGUACACGCAGGCCAUCGACGUCUGGUCGGUAGGGUGCAUCUUCGCUGAGAUGAUACUGCGGACGCCCAUCUUUCCCGGCAAAAACGAAAAGGACCAAAUCGACAACAUCUUCAGACUCACAGGUAGGCACCAAGCACCAACCCACCAGACGCAGCGAAUCUGUCUGUGUAUCGUUGUGUGCGUGUUCAGGUUCCCCGAGUGAGAGCACAUGGCCGGGUUUUGGCGAGCUGCCGCACAUCAAGGCAGGUCGUGUCAAGAUCAAGAACAUCCGGCCCACAUGGAGAGAGAAGUUCCCCAGGGCAUCUUACACGGUCAGUGGGGUGGGGAAGGAAGGAAACAAGAGCCACGCGGACCACCUGACCCGACCGAUACGUGUGUGUGGUUGGUUGGUCAGGGCGGGUGUUCGUUGACCGAUACUGGGCUUGAUCUGAUGAUUCGUCUGCUGGACCCCAACCCUAAGGCACGAAUCACGGCUGCCGAGGCGCUCGACCACCCCUACUUCAAGGCAAGCACGCCACAGCCACAACCACACGGAAAUGCAGCAGGAUUGCGUUUCCUGUGUGUGUGUGGAUGUGUGUGUGUGUGUGUGUGUGCAGGAGGCGCCCAAGCCGCAGCAGGCUCAUCUGAUGCCGACUUACCCCGAGACAAACGCCAGCAUUCGCGACAAGCGGAAGCGCAUGAAGAGCCUCGACGACGAACAAAUCAAAGGCAUGCAGCCAGCCACACCAAUGGACACACAUACCAUACAGCACACACUUCACGGCAGCCGUCACAGAUCCCUUGCUUCUCUGCCUGUGUCUUUCUUUGCUGCAGAGCGUGAGGCCUACCACGAAGGCGCUGACCGCUUCGGCAGCAGGUCAGCCGUGAAUGAAUGAAGGGCACACAGAGCGGCAACCAUCUCUGUCAUCCUGCUGUGCUGCCUUUUGUGUGUUCAGGAUCGAUGCCCGUCAGUUUCUCUCUGACUUGGCCAUGAUGCCCGCCAGAUCUGCAGCCAGCAAGCCGACCACCGCUGCUGCUGCAGCAGCUGGUGGGCCGGCGGCGGCACCCAAGGACGGGUGACGGACAGAGCGGUGCAAGGCCAGGCAAGGGGGAUCCUGUGAUGAUGUGAUGUGAUGCAUGUGUUGAAAAAGGUGUCUGUUGAUUGAUUGCUGGAUUCAUGGAGACAGACAGUGAGGGGGGCGGGGAAAGGCAUUUGACCGGAAGCGCAUCGGACACAGAGUCCGUUUUUCUGUCCGUGUGUGGUCUUCGGAUCCCCUCGCGGAUACGUACAGAGGGUUGCAGCGUGAGAUCUGUGUGACAUGACGGUGCAAGAUUCGCGUGAGGACGGCAGCCACCCUCUGUAAGUGCUGUGCAGACAGGGGCCAUUCCCUCCCAUUCGCUCAUUUCUUC